UCCCCCUGGUGGGUGGGACCACAGCGCUUCCUCACACAACAGGCAUGUUCCUUGAUCGCUGCUAACAACCUGCUGUCUGCAACUUGCUCCCGCCGCUCUUCACUCAUGCUUUGACGGUUUUUGACGGUGGCGUUUGCGACGUACGAGGAUGAGGAUGAGGCCGUGCGGACUGUGAGCGCAGCGUGACCCUCGGCCCCGUGCUGCCUGCACGGCGCACGGCGUCUCUCUGCCCGCUGUCUGACGCUCGGGGUUGCAGUCCGGCCUCCUGCGGCGGCUGCGAAUUAACAUCAUUCCUACGCGUCGCCUGGCUCUGAAACCAUGUUUAUUUCGUAAAGAUGGCGGCGAGGGGGACACUGUAAACUAAAUGACUGUCAGAAACAUCGCCUCCAUUUGUAAUAUGGGCACCAAUGCCUCUGCUCUGGAGAAAGACAUCGGCCCGGAGCAAUUCCCCAUCAAUGAACACUACUUUGGGUUGGUCAACUUCGGGAACACGUGCUACUGCAACUCGGUGCUCCAGGCGCUCUACUUCUGCCGGCCGUUCCGGGAGAACGUGCUGGCCUACAAGGCCCAGCAGAAGAAGAAGGAGAACCUGCUCACGUGCCUGGCCGACCUCUUCCACUCCAUCGCCACGCAGAAGAAGAAGGUGGGCGUCAUCCCGCCCAAGAAGUUCAUCUCGCGCCUGCGGAAGGAGAACGACCUGUUCGACAACUACAUGCAACAGGAUGCGCACGAGUUCCUCAACUACCUGCUGAACACGGUGGCCGACAUCCUGCAGGAGGAGAAGAAGCAGGAAAAGCAGAACGGACGCCUCAAGAACAACGGCGCCGCCGUCCCGGCCGAGAACGAGGCGGAGAACAAGACGGAGCCCACGUGGGUUCACGACAUCUUCCAAGGCACCCUGACCAACGAGACGCGCUGCCUCAACUGUGAAACGGUGAGCAGCAAAGAUGAGGAUUUCCUGGAUCUGUCCGUAGACGUGGAGCAGAACACCUCCAUAACACACUGUCUCAGGGACUUCAGCAACACAGAGACUUUGUGCAGCGAGUACAAGUACUACUGUGAGACGUGCUGCAGCAAGCAGGAGGCACAGAAGCGGAUGCGAGUGAAGAAGCUCCCAAUGAUCCUGGCGCUGCACCUGAAGCGGUUCAAGUACAUGGAGCAGCUGCACCGCUACACCAAGCUGUCCUACAGGGUGGUGUUCCCCCUGGAGCUGCGUCUGUUCAACACGUCGGGAGACGCCGUCAACCUGGACCGCAUGUACGACCUGGUGGCGGUGGUGGUUCACUGUGGCAGUGGCCCAAACAGAGGUCAUUACAUCACCAUAGUGAAGAGUCACGGCUUCUGGCUGUUGUUCGACGACGACAUUGUGGAGAAAAUUGACGCCCAGGCCAUCGAGGAAUUCUACGGGCUUACCUCAGACAUCUCCAAGAACUCUGAGUCAGGAUACAUCCUGUUCUACCAGUCCAGGGAGUGACUGGAGCCUGGCCACGGACACAGGAUGAGACUGAAUAGGUUUUUUUUUUUUUAACCCUUCAGCCUAACACACUUAGAGUCCUGCCAUCUCCAUCUCGUGCUGCUCCUCUCCUUUAGGUCGAGCCUCUCGGACACGUGCCAACGUUCUGUCCCAGCGUCAGCCUCUGGGUUACCUGUGCUACCCCCCCCUCUCUCUCUAAUACAUUAGUUUAUUUUUUAGUCACCUGCAUCUGGACUGCACUUUAAAGCAAACGCAAACUAAAAGGAGCCGAUAGCCACAUUGAUCCCCACGUGGCUGGCGUAGACUAGUAGGAGAAGCAGGAACGCGAUGCGGUGCAUAGGGACAGCUGGCAGGAACAACACUGUCACUGUGUAGAAGGCCUACGUCCAUGACGCCUCCGCCCUUCACCGCUCUCACUCUGACCAUCGCUGCGCUGCGUGAAGCUGAUACACUGUAUAUUGUGCACAUUCAAAGCAAUAUCAAAGCUAUUGCAGUACUAACAAGCCUACAUCGACCCAAACCGAGUAACUUGACAUCGGAUCCUCCCAUUAUCGCCCUUCGUGCGACUGUCAGCUGUGACUCAGCUUAGUCUAACAAGCAGUAACACUAAAACCCAACUGAGCCUGAACACUACGCCCCUGCAGGUGUCCUCAUUGAAAUCAGCUGGAUCUUUAUCUUUUCUAUUCUGACAGAAACCUUCUAUUUAUUAAAUGUAUCCUAUUUAUUGCUAUUAUAUUAUACUAGGUGAUGAAGGUGUGUUAAGACUCUCAGUGAUGCACAAUCUAAUAGGACAGAGAACCAAUGUAAUAUUAUAGUUUGCAUGUUAAAUGAAAAUAGAGGAUUAUGACCCAAUCCAGAUGAAAACGUGAAACCAGUGAGUUCACAGUCAGUCUGUUCCUGAUGGAUCUUUUCCCGGUGCUGCGUGUUCAUUCUCUCAGCCACCCAGCCGACUGAACCCCCCCCCCCCCCGCGCGCGCACACACACACACACACACCUCCCACCUGCUGGGAUGCUCCUCGUCCACCCUGCGCCUCGUGACAGUGACAGUGUGUCCUGUUGUUCCGAUUAUUGUUUGUCUAUUGCUCAGAUUCCGCCUGGCGCAACAUCCGCUCCGCUGUUUUUCUAGGAGUUACGUUCCUCGCGGCUGCGCUGCCGCGUCUCGGUACGGAGAACGGGGAGGAGCGGGCCGAACCCGCAUGCGAAGCGUUGAAGCUGCAGGCGCUGAUCUCACUCGUUUCACCAUCUCUUUCCGUUUAGUCCGAUACUGAGUGAAGACACGGUGAACACGUGCCAAACUGACUCCAGUUGACCUGCUGACCUCGCAGGCGUCUUUAAUGGAACACUAUUUUCUUUGUAAAGAGACAAGUGUACAUUAUAUAUUAUGUAGAAAACACUUCUGGACAUAGGAGAUAUUUUUUUAAAGUAGCGAUAACGAUGUAAAGACAUUCAUGGCUUCACUCUGAGCAUUGGUGUGACCCUCUUAGCAAAUACUGUGCUCCUUUACAAUCACUGGUGGAACCGCUCAGAAGCCGCCGUCUGUCCAUCACGUCGCCGUUGCUGGGUCGAACUGAGCCAGGACCGGAACCGGGUGAGCGGUGAGAGACUUAACACUGAUCUUCCAUUAACACUUAUGCACUCACUCUCACGGAGAGUUGCACUUGGUCUUAUAUUACUGUGAUAACGCUCUGCCCGUGCGGGCCCGUGUGCGGGGAGCCCCGCGUCGGCCGGGAGCCGACUGAAAACUGAAAGUGCACUUUACGAGUGACGAGCUUCGAUGCUUUAACAUGAAGAACCACGGUCUAACACGCUCAUUGUGAGUUCUCUCGUCUGUUCAAUAAAAUGUUUAUCAACUG